CCUCCGUGUGACAUAAUCUUUUGAGCAGUUGGAGAGUCGGAACUGGACGGCACAUUGAAAACUGGACUAGUUUCGUUUAUUAUUACGUACAGUACAGACAUGUCAAGAGUCUGUUGUAACUUUACUAUACUUCUAUUGGCCAUUCUUUUGGCAAUAACAUACACCACCUCUUUACAACAUCCAAUAGUGGUUGAAGAUUAUGAUUACAAUGAACAUCAAAAUUUCCAACCAAUAGUAAAAUUUGAUAAACCGAUUGUCGUAAAGGCCAUUGAAAAGUCAGAAAAGCAACAAGAUUUUAGUAAAAUUCCUGGAAUUCCCGGUGUAGAUUUUCCCCUAUAUCAUACCGUACCUCCAACAAGUUUUUCUUGUGCACACGUUCCAUUCGUACCAGGAAUGUACGCGAAUGUGGAAACCGGUUGUCAGGCAUAUCACAUUUGUCAUGAUGGUCGCGAAGGUCAUCAAGGUGCAUCUUUUCUCUGUACUAAUGGAACUCUUUUCAAUCAACAAGAAUUUGCUUGUGAUUGGUGGUAUAAUGUAAAUUGUGCAGAUGCGCCAUAUUUAUAUAGGUUAAAUUUAGACCCAUUGAAGAAUCCUUAUAUACCAAAGAAGAAACAGGAAAUAAUUCGGAAGCAAAAUAUGAGAAUCAUUGUGUAUUGAAAUUUGUAAUCUAUAUCCUAAAUAUAGAUUAGGAAGUGCCAGUUAUACAAAUUUAAAUUACUGAAACGCUGCGAAAUGUUUUACUGCUUGUAAAAGUUGUUUCUCAUAAAUGUGUUUAUACUUACAAAACAUUUUCUUAUAUUUUACUAUAGGGAAGAUUCUUUUUUAUGCAAAAUGUUCUGUAUUUAAAAAAA